UCGGAAUCCAGGUACCGCCCGGAUCGGGCCUAGGCGAUGUCUCUGUUAUAGCGCCAGGGAAGGGAGCCAGUUAACCACACGUGGGCGGACGCUUAACUCCACCGCCAGCAGUACUGACCACUGACCACUGACCAACUACGGAGUACGGAGUAACUACGCAGUAACUAAUAAUGACCACUAACUAAUAACUAAUGACCGCUAACCCACUGACCACUGACCCGCCACAACCAUCACGACAUCCGCAUCAAAUCCAUUCCAUCAGGCUUGGCUGGGCUGGCGGUCUGGUCUACUCUACUCCGUACUGUACUGCGUAUAUCUCCUCUCCACCGCACCGGCGCAGCAUCAUCUUCUUCUUCUUCAUCCUCCCUUCCAUCCCACCCUUCUUUUGUUCUUCAUGUCUUUCUUUCUUUCUUUAUUUUUUUUGGUUUUUCUUCCUCCUUUUUGUUCUCUUCCAAUAAUCCCCCAUCUUUCCUCCUCCUUCUCUCCGUCUCUCCGUCUCUCUCGUCUCGUCCACUGUCUCACAUUAUCCGACUCACUGAAGGACAGACGAACUGACCCUUGUGGACCGACCACCUCGUUUGUUGUAACCCAACAUUCCAAGUAACUCACUCUGCCCUGCUUCUGCUUGUCCUUUGUCCGCCUCCAGAGUCCUACAACUACCAACUCGCAACAGCAAUCCCUUCCUCGACCACCUCCUCUUAACAUCGUCCUUUUGUCCGACUCUUUCUCUCUCGCUCUCGCACUCUCCUCUCGUUCCCUCUGUGCUCAUAGACAGACGUAGAAAGACAAAACACAAGACGCAUAAAGAUCACAUACGGGCUAGAUAUUUAAUCCUCUCCUACCUUUUACCUGCAUAAGAACGGCCCCAGAACCGGUUUGCUGUAUCAGCCUCGUGCAACAUCAUCGAUUCCCUUUUUCUUCCCAUCUUUCUUAUCCGACUCCCUUUCGAAAGCCCCGAAUGCGUUUACUUACCUGCAAUUAACCUUAUCAACAACAAAAUUAAGACGGAUAUCCCUAAGACCUCUUCCAGGGUUGCGCAGCGUGGCUUGGAUUAAAUUCAACCGUUUCACUUCGCAACCGGCUUUUGGACGCUGCAGCGCCGCUGGGGGGGGGGAAGGAAAUCACUCGCAGGUUCAUCCAGGGUAGUCCACGUUGCAGUGCCCUCCAUCUGAGGGCAUUGGUGGGGACGAAAUAGGAGAUCACAGCGUGUUCUGUGACGUCUUAUUAAAAAGGGUCUUAAAACGACGGGCCGUCUUCAUCAUCUAUCGUACCGGCCGUGCUGAUUUACUCCCGCCUCCCGUUCUCUUACUGUCCACCGUCUUACGGGUUUCCUCAAGGGAAAGCUGAGAGGUUCUUCUUUCCCGACUCCCACUUACCCAUCCUCACAAAGCCUACCCGAAACAGCAAUAUUCCAUUGGUAACAAUGGCAAAAAAAAAGACAUCCCAAGCUCCCCAUUUAGAGCUGGGAUCGUCCAACUUCAAUGAACUCUCUCAGAACCCCCGCUCGCCAUUGAGCCCCCUAAGCCCCACAUCACCCAGGUCUCCUACGUCUCCAUAUUCCAGAGGGUCUGUAAUGAGGCCUUUGACGGGGAAAACUUCGCCUGGCUCCCUAUCACCAAAUGCUUCUGCUGUUGAAGAGAACAAUGAAGUGCCACAAACGCCAGGUAUAACCGCAAUCCCGCAAUAUCCACCUUCUCCCAAAGAAUCCACUAAGCAUGGACGAGACCCGUCGCGUUCGUUCUUCUCCAACCUCAAGGCAUCCAAGUCAAGCCAAAGGCUUCAAUCGUCGGAUGGUCCCGAUAAACAGACGGCUGAUGGCAAACCCCCACCAAGUCGAGGUAGUUCGAAGGAUAGGGCAGUGAAUAUAUCUAGUCGGGGACGGAAUGGUUCCUCUGUGGAUUCACCAACUUCCUCCGGUCGUGCUGAAAGAACAAAUGGCAACCGGAAUGACGAUCAAUCUCUACGCAAGGAAAGCGUAACUGAUUACAAUUUAGCGUUCAAAAAAAGCAAACCUCGUUUCGCCAACAUUCUAACUCGGUCACGAUCCAUUAGAAUGGACGAUUCCUAUGCCACUGGUAAAAACCAUCCACCUUCGCGACGACCAUCUUACGGUUUACUACGUCUAGAGGAAAUCAGCAGAAGCAGCAAUAAUACCCAACCGCCAUUGAAAACCGCCCCAUUACAACCAGACAAAAUGUUCAAGGAGGUGAUGGGUUCCUCCGUCAGAAACCGAUCAGCCGACCGCCCAGCAGCUGAUCACUCCCCUUCCAAAUCCCAGCGACAUCUAGGACACGGAGGCUCACUGACAUCCUCUUCGUCGCUGAGCCAGGUCUCCGGCGCGUCGCUAUUCAACAAUCUAAAGCAAACAUCCAGCGGCGCGGCUGACCGUCUGGGCAAAGCCGGGAAGGGAUUUUUCGGUAAAAUCACUAGGAGUGGGAGUAGCAAUGAACGGGAGUUCCCUGUAGAUGACACGUAUACCUGCCGAGUCAUUAAUCUUCCGCUGGUGGAGCAAACUCGGCGGACGCGGAUUUCGAAACGGUUAGAAGCAUCGAAAGAUAAAACUGAGUAUUGGAUGCCGGCUCUGCCGUGGAGAUGUAUCGAUUAUUUAAAUUUUAAGGGGUGUGAGGAGGAGGGCCUUUAUCGAGUCCCAGGAAGUGGAAAGGAUGUUAAGCAUUGGCAGAGGAGGUUUGAUACAGAAUACGACAUUAAUCUAUUUGACGAACCGGACCUAUACGAUAUCAACACGAUUGGAUCGAUGUUCAAGGCAUGGCUCCGCGAGCUACCUGAUGAAAUCUUUCCCAAAGCAACGCAGGCUAUGAUCGCAGAAAAGUGCGCGGGUGCUACAACCGCCCCGCAAAUGCUCAAGGACGAGUUAUCCAAACUUCCUCCCUUCAACUACUACCUCCUCUUCGCCAUAACCUGCCACCUAAGCCUCCUGCACUCCUACGUCGACAAGAACAAAAUGGACUAUCGCAACCUCUGCAUCUGCUUCCAGCCAUGUAUGAAAAUCGACGGCUUCUGUUUCCAGUUCCUCGUCUGCGACUGGAAGAAUUGCUGGCAGGGCUGCUGGACGGAGAAGGAGUAUCUGGCAAUCGAACUCGAGGUGGAAAGGAAGGCUCUUACUGAAGCCCAGGAGGGUACGAACGCAAAGGAGACGGUUGUUGAUGACAGAGCCGUUUCGUCGUCAGGUAGCAGUAGCCAGGCUCCAAAUACAACCACUACAACCACCACAGCCAACAGCAAUAACAACAGCACCAGCACCAGCACCAGCAACACGAACAACAACAACAACAACAACAACAACAACAACAACAACAAUAACAAUACCAACGCGGCCCCCAUUGGCAGCAGGACGCAGACAUCCAACCGCUCAACGAGCCCGAGACGCGGACGAAAACAAGCACCACCAAGUAUUAACAGCUCGCAUUCACGUUCUGCAUCUCAGCUACCUGAGCUUGGGCCACCACUGUCGCCUAUGAAGAUUUAGAGCCACUUCUUUCUAAAGGGAUAUAGAGAUAAAGUAGUAUAUUAGAGCAAACCGGACGUAUGAAAAUGCGAAUCUGUUUUUGAUCAAAUGAGAUGGAUAGUUGUUGUUUUUGGACGAGGAUCACUCCCUGGAAUAUUGAAUCCCCAGGACAGAAGCCAACUGGAUUUCUAGAAGAAGAAAUGGAGUUGAAUUGAAGGCCUUGUGGGAAUGUCACAUUUUCUAUCACCAACUGCACCCAUACCUUUCCUCAAACACAAUACUCAAGAGGAGGCAUGAUGUUGCAGUUUCUUCAGAAUGCUGUGUGUAAAAUCAUCAUACAAAUGCAUUUUUACAUCUACAUUCAAAAUUUCUGCUAGUCUUUGCACGGGAGUUUUUAUUUUAUUUUAUUUUAUUUUAAUUUUUAAUUCUACCUCGCUGUAAUGCACUCACUCUGAGCGAGUUUGUUUGGUUGUGAUUCUCUUUUUCUUUUCUUCUAUUUUUCUAUCUUGGUUUCCAACUUGCAAGCAACAUCUCAGAGCUAUCUUUUAUUCUAUUCUUGGGAGUUGCACUUACAGUUUGCAUUCUAAUCUUGUUUUGCUUCUUUCUGUCUGUUCCUUUGUUGUUCUCCGGGCUCUCCUGAAGCAUGCUCUGGCGCUUAAAGUGAGGUUUUUUAUUCCCCUGAUACUUUUAGUUUGUCGAUUUUCAGUCUGUCGGCCUUGUGCGAAUCAUCCUUCAUUGCCGUCUCUCAUUCGAUUCUACUGCCCUUGCUUUCUACGCCUACAUAUAGGUUUCUUUGUCGGCUUUCUGAGUGUUCCCUGGCUGCCCUGCCCUUCUUUUGAACCGGUUCGCCCGUUCUGGCCCUUCUUGACUCCCUUUUUACAGGUCCUGGCUUUGGCAUUACAUUACAGCGUCAUCAUGUAGCAUUUUUUCCCUCCCUUUUUCCAUUCCUUUUUUUAAUCCCAUUCCCCCUUCUGUUUAAGCCUUUUAUAUUUCAUUCUUCUCUUUUCCCUUCCUUACUUUUUCCUACCUGAUGGCUUUUUCUUAUUCAUUUCUCACUCUAUAUAUUUGCCUUAGCUCAUCAACUUUGGCACCGGUGUUUAUGAAAUGUUUUACUUGGGUUUGCAGAUGUAACUGUAUAAAUAUCUUGUUGUUAGGCAUGCAUUCUGAUUUAUGUUAACAUUUGCUGAACUGAAAGUAAAAGGGGAAAUUGGCAUCCAUGAAGUUAAAUAGCUAUCUAUGUAAUUAGGUUCUGGUAAGCUCCUUUCAAUAGAAUAUACUUUAUUCUGCUCAGUUCAGACGGACAACUCCGUCUAGCAAAGCUUCCCCUUUACAAAAAAAUCCACUAGGACGUUCGGACGACGAUAUCUUAGCUCCCUGGAUAUAUUUAGUUCACCGAGGAGCAUAUAAUGAUUUGCCCUCAAGUGCACACGGCGAUGAGAGAAAAGAAGAAACAUGGUAGAGAGAUGUGUAUACAGAGAGACACCCGGCAUAAAACCAAACAAAAACGCCAAGCGACCUUUUAAAAAAUUAAAAAAUUAAAAAAAUAAAAGACA